UCGCCCUCCAGCCGCGGUAGCUGCAGCCCAAGCCUGAGCGAGCCGAGCGGCCUCAGCUGCGAGCAGAGCGGCGGCAGCAGCCCCUCCCGGGAGAGCACCAGAUCACCUCUUUCUGUGGCUUCGCCAUGGCGACCUAUGGACAGAGCUGCGCGCGGCCAAUGUGUAUUCCUCCAUCAUAUGCUGACCUUGGCAAAGCUGCCAGAGAUAUUUUCAACAAGGGAUUUGGUUUUGGGUUGGUGAAACUGGAUGUGAAAACAAAGUCAUGCAGUGGUGUGGAAUUCUCAACAUCUGGUUCAUCUAACACAGACACUGGUAAAGUUACUGGAACCUUGGAGACCAAAUAUAAAUGGUGUGAGUAUGGUCUGACUUUCACAGAAAAAUGGAACACUGAUAACACUCUGGGAACAGAAAUAGCAAUUGAAGACCAGAUUUGUCAAGGUUUGAAACUGACAUUUGAUACUACCUUUUCACCAAACAUGGGAAAGAAAAGUGGUAAAAUCAAGUCGUCUUACAAGAGGGAGUGUAUAAACCUCGGUUGUGAUGUUGACUUUGAUUUUGCUGGACCUGCAAUCCAUGGUUCAGCUGUCUUUGGUUAUGAGGGCUGGCUUGCUGGGUACCAGAUGACCUUUGACAGUGCCAAAUCAAAGCUGACAAGAAACAACUUUGCAGUGGGCUACAGGACUGGGGAUUUCCAGCUACAUACUAAUGUCAAUGAUGAGACAGAAUUUGGAGGAUCAAUUUAUCAGAAAGUAUGUGAAGAUCUUGACACUUCAGUAAACCUUGCUUGGACAUCAGGUACCAACUGCACUCGCUUUGGCAUUGCAGCCAAAUAUCAGUUGGACCCCACUGCUUCCAUUUCUGCAAAAGUCAACAACUCUAGUUUAAUUGGAGUGGGCUAUACUCAGACUCUGAGGCCUGGUGUCAAGCUUACACUGUCUGCUCUGGUAGAUGGGAAGAGCAUUAAUGCUGGAGGCCACAAACUUGGGCUUGCCCUGGAGUUGGAGGCUUAAUCUAGCUGAAAGAAACCUCUGGGAAUGGGUAUCAGAAGAUUUGGCCUUAAUAUAUUUCCAGUGUGACCGACCAGCAGGCUUUUUCCCCCCAAGAAGGUGAUCAAAACAAAGGAUGAUCUAAACAAGAGCUGUAUUUUAAAUAUUUAGACAGUUACUUGUUAGCUGGUUUCUAGUUGAAUCGGUUAUCUAUCUAGUUACCAAUGCUGCAGUCGUGCAGUCACCUAUACAUUAUUUAAAUGUAUUUAACUGUUAAAUGCGCUACCCACCAAUAAUGAAAUAGAUCUUUAUGAAAACUGA